GCUAAGGUCUCUACACAUUUCGCCCUCAUCCGAGUCAAAACUGCUGUUCGUCCGACAUGCCCCGCCCGUCCGCUCGCGCUCCCUUGCGGCAGCAGCCAUGGCGGGCCUGGCGCCCCCUUUUCCUCGUGACCCUUCUCCCGUGUCUCCUCGCGUCGCUCGUUCUCGUCGUCUCCACCACCGCCACGUCGCCAUCUCCGUCGACGCCGCCGCCGGUACCGAGCAGCCCGUUCAAGGUGUGCAUCGUGGGCGCCGGGAUGGGCGGCGCCUCCGCCGCGUUAUUUCUCCGCAAUGUCUCUCGCGCGCUCGCUUCCGCUGCGCCCGCCUCACCUUCCUCCCCCUCGUCUGCCUCCGCCGCUCAGCUUUCCCCCCUCCCCGAGCUUGACAUUCACGUGUUUGAGCGCGCGGGAAGAGUGGGCGGGCGAAUGCUGCUGCUGAAGGUGCCGGGCGGAGGGGUGAAGGCGGAGGGGGAACGCGCGGAGGGGGAUGUGGUGGAGGUGGAAGCUGGUGCGAGCAUCAUCCACGGAAAGAACCUGCACCUGGUGCGCCUGGCGCAGCAACUGCGGCUGGAAACUGCGCCCCCAACUGACAUGGACUUCGGCAUCUGGGGCGGCCACUGCAGCAGCAGCAGCGCCGGCGCCAAUGGCAUGGACAGCAGCAGGAGCGGGGGCAGCGGGGGAGGUGCUAGCAGCAGCGGGGCAAGCAGCGAGGCUAGCUGCAGCGGGGGAGGGUUCGUCUUUCAGGAGUGGAAACUCGGCGAGGGCUCGGUGGCGAAAUGGGUGGCGGAGUGGGUGAAUGCGGCACGCAUGGUCGCCAGAUACACUCUCGCAGGGCUGAGGGCCAUGCGCGCGUUCGUGGGGGACAUGCUACAGCGGUGGAUGCGGCUGUACGAGGAGGACAAGGAGGGCGGGGGGGCGUUUGAGAGGCCCGAGGACUUGCUGCGGUCGCUGGGGCUGCUGGAGCUUACAAGGGUGACGCUCACUGAUGCGCUGCUGGACCGAGGGCUGCCGGCUGUUCUGAUUAACGAGCUUGUCACGAUGAUCACUCGAGUGCAGUACGGGCAGAACGCAACAAUGUCAGGGCUGCCCGGAGCAGUGGGGCUGUGCGGUACAGGCAGCGAGCUGUGGAAGGUGCGCGGAGGCAACUGGCAGCUGGCCCAGGGGGCGAUUCAGCUGGCCAAUGCAUCGUUGCACCUGCACUCGCGGGUUGCUCGGAUAGCUGGGCAAGAUCAAGCGGGCACCAGUGGCACCAGCAGUGGUGAUGGUGAUGGAGGUGGUUAUGUGCUGUAUAUGGAGUCUAGGGGAGGGAAGGGCAAGCCAACAGGAGAAAGUGCUGGGGGAGAGGGGCGAGGAGGUAGCGGUGGUAAUCGUGCUGGCGAUGGAUCUGAUGGUGAUGCUGAUACUGAUGGUGGUGGUGCUGCUGCUGCGGAGGUGCACUGCGAUGCAGUGGUCAUCGCGACCCCAAUGGAGCAGAAUGGCAUUGCUAUCCUCCCUGCGCCGCCAUUGCUACCACUGCGCACGUACCAGCACACGCACGUGACUUUCGUGCGCGGUGCACUCAACCAUACAUACUUCGGAGCAGCAGACCCAUCGUCCUUACCAGGGCUGAUAGGGACGCUGGAGAGUGACAGCAUCCCCUUCAGCAGCAUCAGCCGACUGGCCCCUCUCGCUUCGGACGGCAGCAGUGUGUUCAAGGUCUUCUCACGGCAGCACCUCUCGAAUGACACCCUCAACCUUCUUUUCAGGAGCCGCUCAUUCAAGAGGAGUAUUGACUGGCCGGCAUACCCGCACUACGCGCCCCCCGAUGCCUUUGCGCCCUUUCUACUGGAUGGGCACCACCUGUACUACACGAGCACGUUUGAGAGUGCUGCCAGCGCGCUCGAGACCGCUGCAGUGGCCGCUAAAAACGUCGCUCAGCUGCUGCUGUCCCGGCUCCAGCAGCAGCAGCAGCAGCAGCAGAAGGGUUCGUUGCUUGGAAGGGGUGGUGGAGAUGGGGAGUCUAUGGGCCUGGCUUCGCCAGUGGGGGGAGCUCACGGGAUGACGGACGAGCUCUGAUAUGCAUUGUGCAUUGGCAACUGUGAGGACGGGACGAGAUCCCUGUGCACACCGCGUCAAGCUUGCACCCUCCUUUCACUCCCACUCUGCUUCAUCCCUCCGCCUCAGUUGCUGCUGAAAGGCAUGGUGGUUGGAUUGGAUGGACAGGAGGAUGCUGAACAGAAGAAGAUGGUGUGAAGCACCUCUGCGUGAUCCUUGUUUGCAACUGCAAAACUAUUUAUGCCACACCAGUAGCUGUGGGCAUGCAAUGCUAGUGAGCCUUCAAGAUACAAAAGACAUAUUUUACUUAGCUAGUGCUCAUGGUGAUUCUCUCCGCUAAUCGUUGUUUGAUUGCAUGCCAGUCUGUAUUCACCCCAAAUC